AACGCUGAAAACCCUCACAAUAAACUAUUCCAACACGCACAUUCUUCCACGCAAAGACGUUUUAACUUGCCGGCCUUGGGCUUUGGGUGAUCACGUGUCACGCACAACAACCUUCAUCCGUCCCUUCCACAACAACCCCUUAAUCCAUCCCUUCAACACCAACAUCGACGCAUCACAGCAAUGGCCCGCAUCACGGACCUCCCCAACGAGCUACUCGUUCCUAUAUUCGAAAACGUGUGGAGAACGUCGCCCGAGUUGGUGCUUGCGCUAGCCCUAUCGUGCAAGCGCCUCCACCAGCCAGCCCGGACCGUAUACUACUCCCAUGUCUGCCUGUCAUGGAAGUUGAACAGGAAUUCGGCCCUCGCAAAAUUCGCCAGUGGGAACGUAGGCAACGAGGCUGUGAAGUCGAUAAGACUCUCGCCGCAAAAGGCCCUGCUCAGCGCCUUCAAAGUCGGUAUGAAGAACGCGUUUGAUCAUAUUGAUGUGCUGUGUGCAUGUCUCUCCAGCCUCCAGAACCUGGCCACCUUUUCGAUAUUCCUGGGAGUCCAGGUGGACAGACGAUGCCUGCUCCCGGCGCCUGCACUUUCCCGGAUUGUGCGCGCUCUCCCGGAAUCUGUCGUCAACUUCGAGUUGGACACCGAAGGCAUCGACGGCAUCUAUGAAAACAAGCCGAAGACGCCCUCGGACGUCCAUCUGUGCCACGAUAUCAGCGAGCUGCUGCCCCGGCUGGAAACCCUUCGACUGCGAGUUUCCUGCAUGUGCACCGAGCUCUUCCGCAGCCUGGAACCUGAGGGCACUCACCAACCAGCAUCAAACCUCCGCUUAGCCGCCAUCAAGCUCGAACUAUAUUCCGAAAGGGGAGUCGAAAUUCCGAACACCGUCGUCAAUUGCCAGGCGCAGUGGUCCGGCGAAGCGCACAGACGAGACGAUGUGCUGCGCCCAACGAAGUUAUUCGAUCAUCUCCUCCGCCUGCAAUCGAAAGGAGCGUUCCCGCACCUCCAGCGCUUCAUUCUUCUGUCCUGGUCGACCCAAAAAUGCAUCUGCAUUCGAGACGUCGCGUCGCGAACCACGACGGAGUAUCUGUGCAUGAGUGGGCGCCUACAGAACAACCACUGGACGCCUGCCGACAAGGGCGAGGACAACUAUAUGAUACGCGUGCUUGGCCGUGGGGAUUACUAUGGCGGUUCCGAGGAAGUAGCGAAGGCCAUUAUGCACGAGGUAGCUUGGACGGAGGAGCAGAAUGGAGCGAGGCUGCCGCCUUCACGGCAGGUGGUGGCGGCGGAGCAUCGGUUGGAUACAAGCGUCCUCCAGUCCUACCAGUGGACUUAGGAACACGGGUCG